UGUAAUUAUUGCAGAAAUAAAUGAGAAAUGCAAUUUUGUUAGAAAAACAGAUGCCAAAAUCAUAGACCUAGGAGCAACUCGAACUCGUGCUGAUAGUUCUGAAAAAGAGAUUGAUGCAUCAUUUCGUCCAAAGAAAUCAGGAGUGCCUGCACCAACCGGAAGUGAUGGAGAG